UUUUUCUUUCUUUCUUUCUUUCUUUCUUUUUUUCCUUUUCUUUUCUUUUUCUUUUCUUUUUUAUUCAUUUCUCUCUCUCUCUCCUUCUCUCUCUCUCCCCUCUCUCUCUCCGAUUCAUCACCCAUUUUUUAGCACAAGCCGCGAUCGAAGAAGUCACAGCCGCCGAUUCGACGACCACCGAACACCUGGAGAUCUCUACCUCUUGGAUUUCCAACACUUUCAGUGAGUUACUGGUGGAUGGAAGUCAGGUGGCUUUGGUUAUUCUGAGGAGAGGCUAACUGUAUGGAAAACACAUUUUGGUGACCAAAUGAGCAGAACUGAUGUUAUUGGCAGUAGAAGGGGGAGGGUUCUUCUCAUCUUCAGCUUCUGGGUAUAGCAAAGGCCUGGCCCUUCUUCUCUUGGGUCAGAAGAACGAAGAUAAACCCAUGAGAGUUUCGCCGUGGAAUCAGUACCAGUUGGUGGACCAAGAAUCUGACACUGACCUCCAGCUGGCUUCCACAAAGGACCGACUAUCCCGCGGGUGCGCCUCCUUUGUCUGCUUUGGUCGCGCUUCCGCCGGGCUUGACACUCCAUCUCCUCUUAAGGUGGGCCCUGCCCAACAGCAGGAUAUCUUGCCUGGGUCUCUAGUUUCUGAUAAAGGCAAGGAUCACACUGCUGACACUGACGAUGAUCAUAAUUCAAUAAAAGUUGUUCUUAAAAGCAGCCUGAAGAAGCCAUCAAAAAGAACUCCAGUUUCUGUUGAGAGUGCUAAUGAACGUGAAACAUCGAGUGAAACAUGUAGUGACACUCUUGGUAAUGCAGAAAGGAGGAAAGUGCAGUGGACAGAUACUUGCGGGAGUGAGCUUGUUGAGAUCAGGGAAUUUGAGCCCAGUGAAUUGGAUGGAUCAGAUGAUGAAUUCGACAGUGGGAAUGAAAGAAGUUGUUCAUGUGUGAUUAUGUAGUUUGGCUUUUACCUGAUGAUGAUUUGAGCUUCACCUCUCUUUUAGAUGCAAUAAUGCAUCAGGUAACUUACCGCUAACAGAGCUUGUUUGGUUGAUUUACUUAUUUCUGGAAGAAGAAAAGCGGUUUUUGAGUCCAUGCAGAAUACCACCGUAGCAAGGAGUACUGUUUCUCACUAUGUUCGGCCAACUGAGCAUUUAUGUCCAUAUCAGGUUGCUGUGGGUUUCAAUUUUGUCACUCUAGGUUUGGGGACAUUGUUUUGUUUGCUAGUCUCCUUCAUGUGUGACUGCAUUGUCCAUUAUUUUGUCGUAAUUAAUGUGUUAAAUUUUUUUUUCCUCCUUAUGAUUUGGAUUUAAAGAAUUUUUAGUAGUUUCCUCUUCUCCUAAAACCUUUGAAGAAUGACUGAUGUUGUGCCCCAUAAUCCAGAGCACUCACAAAUCUGAUGUUCUUUUAAAUUGAAGAUGCUUUGUGUGU